CGCCUCUUCAUAAACCAUCGCACAUCCGCUGCAAUCGGUGUGAUCGUACCUUGGUUUGACACGCGUUCCUCCGCUCGAACGUCGAGUACUUCAACGUCUCUUCCCCCCCUUGCCCUGUCCUUUUCUUCUGAUCCCACUCGUUCCUUUUGAGCCGUUCCGUCAGCCUCGCUGUCGAGCUCUCCCGACUUUACAUCAUGAGGUACCAUGCCCUAGCAGCAGCGGCCUUUGCUGCCGUCGCCGCGGCGAGCGACGUACACCAACUGAAGAAGGACACGUUCGAGGCCUUCGUCAAGGAGAACGAUCUUGUUCUCGCGGAAUUCUACGCACCAUGGUGCGGACACUGCAAGGCACUUGCCCCGGAGUACGAGGAGGCCGCUACAACGCUCAAGGAGAAGAAUAUCCCCUUGGCCAAGGUCGACUGCACAGAGGAGUCGGAGCUGUGCUCGCAGUUCGGCGUCGAGGGCUACCCGACGCUCAAGAUCUUCCGCGGCAUGGACAACAUCUCGCCGUACAGCGGUGCACGAAAGGCUCCUGCCAUUGUCUCAUACAUGACAAAGCAGGCCCUCCCGGCCGUCUCUGUCCUCGAUUCGGACACCCUCGAGGACUUCAAGACCGCGGACAAGGUCGUCGUCAUCGCAUACUUCGACAAGGACGACAAGGCGUCGAACGAGACAUUCACCUCGGUUGCAAACUCUCUUCGUGACAGCUACCUCUUCGGCGCCGUCAGCAACGCCGACGUGAUCGAAGCCGAGGGUGUCAAGACCCCCUCCAUCGUGCUGUACAAGACAUUCGACGAGGGCAAGAACACGUUCGACGAAAAGUUCGAGAAGGAGGCUAUUCAGAAGUUCGUCAAGGCAGCAGCCACUCCGUUGAUUGGAGAGGUUGGCCCAGAGACCUACUCUGGCUACAUGUCCGCCGGCAUUCCCCUCGCCUACAUCUUUGCCGAGACCCCCGAAGAGCGCGAGGAGUUGUCCAAGGAGCUCAAGUCGGUUGCUGAGAAGCACAAGGGCAAGAUCAACUUCGCCGUCAUUGACGCAAAGGCGUUCGGACAGCACGCUGGCAACCUCAACCUCGAAGUCGGCAAGUGGCCCGCCUUCGCGAUCCAGGACACCGUCAAGAACCAGAAGUUCCCAUACGAGCAGACCAAAAAGAUCACCAACGAGGACAUCGGCGCGUUUGUCGACGAUUUUGCCAGCGGCAAGGUCGAGCCAUCUGUCAAGUCUGAGCCCAUCCCCGAGAAACAGGACGGUCCUGUCACCAUUGUUGUGGCCAAGAAUUACGAUGAGAUUGUCCUCGAUGACUCGAAGGAUGUGCUGAUCGAGUUCUAUGCUCCGUGGUGCGGUCACUGCAAAGCUCUUGCUCCAAAGUACGAUGAGCUCGGUGAGCUCUUCAAGCCAUUUUCUGACAAGGUUGUUGUUGCAAAGGUUGACGCCACCCUGAACGACGUUCCAGAUGAGAUCCAGGGCUUCCCAACCAUCAAGUUGUACCCUGCCGGAAAGAAGGACUCGCCAAUUGCGUACUCCGGCGCACGUACAGUUGAGGAUCUUGCCAAGUUCAUCAAGGAGAACGGUAGCCACGGCGUUGACCACUCGGCCGCAAAGGCUGCCACAGAGGCUGCCAGCGACAUGCCCAAGCAAGCGCCUGCUGCUACUCCCAUUGUCGAGAAGGUCAAGGAGGCUGUUGAGAAUGUUGCUGAGGCUAUCGUGGACGACGGCCAGGUCGAUGCACGCGACGAGUUGUAAACAUUGCUGUCGUGUUUUCCUUUUUUUUCGUCGGUUUGUUGUAUCACCUAUCUGACACGCCGUGGUCGUGACGAAUGGAAAGCUGGGAUAAAAAAGCCUUUUUUGGUUUAGGCCUUGGAGAUGAUACUAGAGCGAUAUGUGUGUGCAUUUAAGGCUCGAGUGCUAAUUCAUCAUGAUACUGGGAAAACUGUAUCUACGGCUUUUGGUCAUAUUGGCGUUCAGACAAUGGAAUAUCUAAUCUUUCUG